AUGGCUGCGCGGUCCAGGUCUCGGGUUCUGCUUGCACUGGCACUUCCUCCGGUCGUUGCCGCGUAUGGCACCCAUAGAUUUCUAACAACGCUCGAGACAAAGUACCCGGCUCAACCCCCACACUCAACUAGUAGUGUUGCCCUGGGUAUUCCUGCCAACCCCCCAACCCAGCACUGUGCCUAUGUCGAUGUCUAUUCUGCUCGCGUACCCGUCCGAGCGCUCCAAGAUCGUGCGAAACGGUUCGGAUAUACUGACAGUUUAAGCACGAAGGAAGACCUUUCCACUGUAUGGGCCCGAGUACUGCUCGGAACCCGGCUGUUUCGCGCACAGUCCUCCAUUGUUGGUCUUUUCAGCAACGGAAAAUUCGAUCCCGGUGAUACGGGCGACGCUCCGGGCGGGUUCUCUUCUGAUCCCGACACUGGAGCUCCCCGACAGCUUGUGAAUGGGCUUUUGUUGGUUGAACGACCGCCGUCGAAUCAAGACUCACAUGGUCUGCUGUGCUCAUGGAAGAUGGCAGAUGGGCCACGUAAAUUCUUUGAGAAUAUUUCUUUUUGGGGGUAUCCUUGGCGGUUGAUGUCGGGAGGUCGGCAUGAAAUGAGUGUCUCUGAGCCGUUUGACGGAGAAGGGGAGAAGGCACGGGGCCCUUACGUUGAAGUCCGGUUUUCUUCUGCGCAUGAUUUUGAGACUUUUCCGUCUGAGGGGGGAGUCGAGAGCCAGAAGCAUCUCCCAGGUUGGGUAGCGAGAUUGCAUCGUGGCUACGCCCGACUUUUGUUGGACAUUGCUGUCCGGGAGCUGGAAGGGAGGGACAACGGAAGGAAAUUAAUGAGAUAG